AACGAGCAAUGGUGGUUGUUAGUGUUGAAUUGGAGGCGGCGUCGGCAUGGGAAACGGGCGCAGCAUUGGAUGAGCUCAUACAAAAGCGUCGAAACAAGUUUAGCUUUUUGGAAAUGAGAUACGAACACAUACAUACAUACAUAUAUACUAUACAUCAUAUUAUUGUAUGUGAAUACAUUGUGCCGCAGUGUUGUGCCAGUCUCAGCUUCAGUUGGACGUGAAACGUUAGCGACAGCGGAGCGCCCACGCGGAAAAAAAAACGAUUGUUACAAAUACGAGAAGUGUGUUUCAAGCUCGCAUUAGUGUGAGUGUUGUUUCUUGUUGAGUGUAUGCGAAUAAGAACAAUAAUACUGGCCGCCGUUGUGCUAUUUUAGCAGUCGCUACUAAUUGGUUCAAUGCUGUUACGUGGCCGCAGCGUUGCUUUUAAUUAACCAACUUACCACGGAGUUGGCACUUCAAUCCGAAUCAAAUAUACAUACAUAUGAGCAUAAAUACACACACACACACACACACACACACAUGUAGAUAAGUGUAACAGCAGGACUUCAGUUUUAAAUUGGUCAUAACACAAAACAGUUGAACAAAAAAAAAAUAUAAUAAAAUAAAAAAAAAAAAAACAAUAUCCAAGUAAAUUGUAUGUGCGCAAAAAAGGAAACCUAAACAAAAUCAAUAAUUGGCCGUGCCUGCGUGUUUGUGUGCGUGCGUAUGUGUGUGAGUGUGUCAAACCUUGCACGCUGGACAACUGAAGCAAAUGCCAUGCUGAUUAGGCAAUAAGUGAAGAAGAAGCACAGCACAAAUAACAACAACAACUCGAGAAGACAACAUGCAGCAGCAACAACAACAUCAAGCAGCUAGCGUUGCCAAUUCAACGAUCAUCAACUCAGCUGUCGGCCUGACUCCUCCCGCUCCCGCUCCUGCUGCCGCUCUGUCGAACAGCAGCACACCCAUUCGCAUAGGCAGCGCCAAGCAUGCGGGCGGCGGAGAUUCGCUGCUGCCGCCAGUGGGCAACACCGCCUCCCAUUCGGUGCCCGGCACCCCACAGCAGCAGACGCCACAGGCGAGCAGCGUGCCCACGGCAAGCGGCAGCCAUCUGCACCUGCAGACAGCCGGUGCCCUCUCGAUGGCCGCCUCCAAUCAAUCACUGGGCGUCAACGUCGGCGUCGGCGUCGGCGCCGGCAGCAACAUCAGUGGCAUUAACAUAACGCCACCAAACAGCGCCGGGCUCAGGCAGUCAUCAGUAUUCGAUUUCAAAUUCAAGCGUCGACCCUCGCAAAAGGUGCUUUUAACCAAACUGCCCUCCACAGACAGUUUGAGCAACAGCCCAGCGCCAUCAUCGCCAGGAAUCGCCAAUUGGGCCUCAGAUAAUCGCGAUGGCAAUCCAACAGAUAAGUCAGCUGCAGAUGCGGCCAAGCUCAAUCGCAAGGAGUCGUACAAGGCGCAGCGCAAGAACUACAGGCGUGAGAAGAAGCGCGUGGCCAGUGAGCUGAUGAACUCGCUGCAGGAUCCGGCGGUUAUAGUACUAGCUGACUGGCUGAAGGUGCGCGGCACACUCAAGUCCUGGACGAAGCUGUGGUGCGUGCUGAAGCCGGGCCUACUGCUCAUCUACAAGAGUCAAAAGACAAAAAGCAGCCAUUGGGUGGGCACAGUUAUGUUGACCUCUUGUCAGGUCAUUGAGCGACCCAGCAAAAAGGAUGGUUUCUGCUUCAAGCUCUUUCAUCCCAUGGAGCAGUCCAUUUGGGCACCACGAGGACCAGACAAGGAGACAAUCGGCGCUGUGGUGCAACCACUGCCGACCGCUUAUCUGAUCUUCCGUGCCCCCAGUCAGGCGGCCGGCAAAUGCUGGAUGGAUGCACUCGAGCUGUCGCUGCGCUGCUCAGCUUUAUUGCUGCGCACUAACAGCAGCACUACGCCUUCCAGCAAUUAUGCCGGCGAGCCGCUGCCCGUCUCGAACGAGACACAGUGGUCGGAGGCUGACUACGAGAAGCAUUUCAACGAUCAUGGUAAGUGGAUGCAGCAAUGGCUGGCACCGCCGGCCGAGCAGGAGAACUCCCGCUCCGACAACAGCCAGUCGUCGCGCGCCCAGACGCCGCUACUGCAGCAGCUAUAUAGCAGCGCCGUGAGUAACUGGGAGCGCACCAAGCGACUUCCUCGUUUUGGCCAACGUUCGGGACAAACACGACGCGGCAGCGAUGCCUCUACCGCUGACCCAAAGCCAGGCAGACGCCUGCGCAGGCAUCUGAGUCCGAUCAGCAAAUCCCUAUCGCUGGGCGGCGUGCUCUGCGGAAGCAGUUCGAGUGACGACGAGGAUGUGGAUUACGCUGGCAGCAGUGUAUGCGCCAAGGGAGCAGGCUUCAGGCCAGUUAGUGCACCGCCCGAUUGUCUGCUGCUGCCGCGAUUUCAAAUCAACGUGCAGGAUCUGGACGCUGACAGCCAGAAUGAGGCGCCCAAUGCGGCCAUGUCUGGUCUGGAGUCUGAUUCAGAGUCAGAGGCGGCGCAGGAAGAUGAUCUUGACCAGGUACCAUGCGAGGAAACGUGCUAUGUCCCAUUUCAAGAAGAGGAAUUCGGUGAGCAAGGAGAACAGGUGGAGGAGCUGGCAGAGGAGAACAAGAGCCUCAUCUGGUGUAUCGUAAAACAGGUUCGACCCGGAAUGGAUCUUAGCAAGGUGGUGCUGCCUACAUUUAUACUCGAGCCGCGUUCGUUUCUGGACAAGCUCUCAGACUCUUAUUAUCAUGCUGAUUUGCUCUCUAGGGCUGUGCAUGAGGAUGAUGCAUUCACGCGCAUGAAGAUCAUUGUGCAAUGGUACCUGUCUGGAUUCUAUAAGAAACCCAAAGGCCUCAAAAAGCCAUAUAAUCCCAUAUUGGGCGAAACGUUUCGUUGCUAUUGGGAGCAUCCAAAUGGCUCUCGCACGUAUUACAUUGCCGAGCAAGUCUCUCACCAUCCGCCCGUUUCGGCCUUUUAUGUGACUAACCGCGAGGAUGGCUUUAGCAUCACCUGCUCCAUCUUGGCGAAAUCGAAGUUCUAUGGCAACAGCACAUCGGCCGUGCUGGAGGGCACGGCUACGAUGACGCUAUUGCCCCGCGGCGAAAUUUAUACAGCGACCACGCCCUAUGCUCACUGCAAGGGUAUACUCAUGGGUACAUUGUCCAUGGAACUUGGCGGCAAGAUAAACAUCGAGUGCGAGAACACCGGUUACAAGACGGAGCUCGAAUUCAAACUGAAGCCAUUCCUCGGCGGCGCGGAUGCCACCAAUGUGGUCGUGGGCAAAAUUAAAUUGGGCAAAGAGACGCUGGCGACUAUACAAGGUCACUGGGAUAAAGAGUGUCGUCUCAAGGAUCUGAAAACAGGCGAGGAAAUAUUGCUCUUUAAGGCCGAUGCAGAUAUGCGCUCGAAGCGGCUCACCCGCUAUCUGGUGCCAAUGGAAAAACAACUGCCAACGGAAUCGGAACGCCUCUGGCGUCUCGUAUCCGAGGCUAUAGCGCGCGAGGAUCAAGUUGCUGCCACCGAAGAGAAAACCGUGCUUGAGGAAAGCCAGCGGGCAUCGGCCAAGGAACGUGCUGAAAACGAUAAGAAACAUAUUCCGACGCUUUUCGAGCUGAACGAUUACGGUCAAUGGAUAUACAAAUAUUCAGAUUUGCGGCCAUGGGACGUGCGUAACGAUGUGCGCCAAUACGAAUGCGAUUACAAGGUGAUCACCGAGACUCGAAAUAAAACUGUUCCCGUCGUGCUCGGCGCCGACAAGUUGAUUCCGCUGCGUGCCGGUAUGAAUUCAGUCGCUCUGUCCUUUCGACAUUUAACUAUUGUACCAUCCGCAGAGGGCUCCAAGGCGCCCAAGGCUAAAAACAAAUCCCUUGUGCUGGCACCACGCGACACUAACUCGGAUUCAAGCCAAUCACCCCAAGGCGCCGUCAAGCGCGGCUCCAAUAGCGCCGCCAUCAAACAACUCACAAAUGCCGUGGAACAGAUGAAUGCAACACUGCAGAGUCACACGAAACAGCUAAAUGACAUCACACGCCGACUCGAGCGUAUGCAGUAUGCACCGUCCUCUAGACACUCCAAUGUGCACGAGCUAAUUGGCGGCGGAGUUUCCCUAUCGACGGUGAUCAAGUCGCUAAUUUAUGCACUAAUUGGGCUCAUGGUCAGCUUGAUUCUGCGUUGGCUGUUCAAAUAGUUCUAUUGGUUAAUCUGUAUACAUUUAAGUCAAAUUAUUGAGCUACAUAUAUUUAUAUAUAGUUUAUAUAUACAACCCAUAUUAUUCUAAAUCUAUAACCAUACCUCCUCUAUUGUACUAUAUUCUGUCCCACUCAGAAUGCCUUGGCAUCCAGCCAAAGAACCAGAUUCGCUGUUUUAGUGCGCGUCUAGAGUCAAUCACGAAUUAUAUUAGUCUAAAUUUAAACCCAUCUAAUAGCUAGUGCGGCCACAAUUGUUGAAAAUCUGGUAUCAUUCAGAUACGUUUAGACUAAAGCGUUUUAUAAAGAAUGGAGUAUAUCCAACUAACAGUCGCACCAUAUUUCGUAACAAUUCCAUGUCGCUGACACUAAAAAUCUAACCAAUUCCUGUAUCAAAGCAAAUGCAUAUACAAAUAUAUAUACACACUAGUUCUCACAAAACAAUAUAUAUAUAUAUAGGAUCAUUUGAAGGAGCUGCUUGAGAGGCUUUCUCAUUGACAAGGACACCGUGCAACACUCGUAACCAUUUAGAAGUUAAAUGCUAAAGUGCUUGUAAUAAAUUUAGUGUAGUUUUCACACACAAUACACUUUUUUCAUUAAGCAAACACAAAUUGUACAACUUGAAGAACACUUUUAAAUAUUUAACUUGAAAUAAACAUUUGACACAUUUCUUUCCUUUCA